AUGCUGUGCCCUUGUCGGCCUCGCUAUGCGAGCGAGGGCCGCGUGUAUCGUGUGAAGCAACGCCGUGGUUUCCACGGGGCUGAGAAAGAAGAGGGGCUGAGCACCUCUCCUAGAAGGGCCAGCAAGCGCUCAGACUAUUCGCAGACCCGCAAUGCACAUGACGGGCAGAGUUCCCAGCUUUUGAAUGCCCCAGACACAACAAAUUCAUCCCAGUUUGCCAAGGACACACACAAGUUGCCAACUUACCAAGGCGCAGCGGUUCUACCAGGCAAGAGAGGCUGGCCCGGGGGAGCAGCAAGGGAAAAGAAUAAAAUGAAACCGCCGAUCAGCGCUCGUUCGCUCGCGCGACACCCCGACAGCUUUAUGAGAUUCUCUCUCUCUCUCUCUCUCUCUCUCUCUCUCUCUCUCUCUCUCUCUCUCUCUCUCUCUCGCACUCUCUGCCACUGCUGCCUGCUGCCUACCUUUCUGCUGGUGCUGGUGCUGGUGGUGGCGGAGCGACGCUUUGACAGUCUGAUUGUGGCUUUUCGGGUUUUGGAUCGAUUGAGGCACACACACACACACACACACACGCACUUGUGCCUUUGCCUCUCAGAUCAGCCCGCACAGCUCAAGAACCUUGAUGCUGCUGCGCAUCCCCAGAGCUCGGCCUCCUCCGUGGCCAGCAGUACUGGCUCGCUGGGCCCUGACGCGAGCUCCUCGCCCUACGAGCAACGCGAAUUCAUCCCAGACAAAGCCGCCUUCGAGCAUCAGGGUUUGCUCUAUAAGAAGGUGUUGAAAAAGGCCUGGAAAGAGCGUUACGUCGUACUGCAGGCGGGUGUGCUUUACGAGUUUGAGGUGGAUGAAGAUAGCCAACCAUUGUUUGAUGCAGUCGUCAAUCAGACCCCCAUCAAGGGCAAUGAACUGCUGUGUAACGAGUCGAAGAACAAGUUUGUUCUCGAACAUCACGCCGGCGGUCGCAAGUAUACGGCGGCAUUCCGUGCCAAGUCUGAGCACGCUCUCAAUGAGUGGCUGCGCCUCCUGAAAGAUCAGACCUCCGACGAAACGCACGGCCACGUGCACUAUUACAAGCCCAGUACCCGCAAAAAGCUUCAAUCACUCAUCAAGCGCACGCGCGACUCGAGCGCCACCCCUCGCGAGGUGUGUCACGCCUCCACGCUGCGCAUCACCUUUCUGCCUUCCUCACCGCCUGGCCCAAUACCCAAAUCACAGAGCAUACCAGAAACUAUCGAGGAGCACUUGGGCCAACUCUAUCAGCAUGACUUUCAGGAUACUUUUGCCCUGCUCAUCGCGGCCCUCAGCGAUCUCUGCAGGCGACUUGAGGUCAAGGAGCGAGCCUUGCCGGCAGUGACGCGCGUGCUCGGCACGUUGCAAGGGCUCUUGCAGCUAAUUGGAUACACGGUGGAUGAACACCACGACGCAGAUCGACAGUCGCUGAUUGACGAGCUACGGCCACCCCAACAAUCGCUUUGUGGAAUAGUGGCUGACAUUGCAGACCUCGUUUGCCGCUUGCAGCCGCUGGCGCAGCGUGAGCCCAUGUACUUUACGGCCCCUACCCCGGAUUUGAUUGCUGACCUCACGAGCAAAACCAACAAGGUGCUGCUUUGUCUUGAAUCCAUCAGCGCCCUGCUUUUCGAUCAAGACACCCAUACACCCCUUCGGUUGCCCACUCAAACCAGUGCCUCAGACACUGGCGUCAACGCCCGGGGACUUCUUCGAAAAGGUUUGGCAGCCUUGCCGACACGGGCAGGAUCGGCCAUGGAACUUGUCGUGCGCUCGCGUUCGUCAUCUCCUCGUACCACACAGCCAGAGCUGGGGUCAAUCCCCUCCACCCCUCCGAUUCAGCCCGUGCCCAUGACUGGGGACGGGGCCGCACCUGGCUCUCCACCGCAUCCCAACCCCAAUGCCGCCGCAUCUCCAGUUUCCUCCAUUGGCUCGAUGCCUACGGGCACACCACAGCCGACCACUCCGCGAUCAGGACUCACGAGCCGAGCGGCGGUUGUAGCUGACCCCGUCAAGGUGGAGCGCCUUGUACGCUGCUACGGCCUCGAGGCAGAGCGCGCGCAAGCCCUACUCUGUGCCAACUGCAACGAUCUGCUACAAGCCCUCAACGAGGCACUGGGGUCGCAGCGCACCAACUUGGAGACUGAAAUGCCGCCGCUGCGCCCUUUUGUCGUGCGCUCCAAGUCAGCCUCAUUGUUGCACAUUGGCAGUGGUCGUGGCAGCGAAGAUGGCUUUGGUGGCUCCACCCGGCGCGCCCGCACACGUCACAGCACACGAAGUCACCAUCACCACGCACACGGCAAUAAAAACAGCCCGUUUGGGUCGGGGGUGGCAUCGCCGGCUGGGACAUCAGUUUCUUCCACGGCCCCCGGCAGUGUCUCUGCUCCCAAUGCUAGUGGUCAGAUCGAAGAUGACCGGCGCACUUCAUUUAGUUCGCUGGAUCACUUUAUCGCUCAGCGCUCCAGUUUGGGCCAGAUCGGCAGCGAGCCACACGCGGCCGCACGCUCUGAACCGAAUAGCUUGCGCGCGUCAGCCGGGGAACUACACGCACUCAACGGCGUUAGCCGUGAAAACGCGAGCAUCGAAAGUCACUCUGGUGACCCGUUUAGUGGGCGUCCUUCGCCCAUGCCAAGUACGAUUCCGCCAACGAGCGGAGAUCUUGUGUCGGACUCAAACAGAGUGCUGUCACCUAGCAUACCCUCGGAUGCCUCGGGCUCGGUUCGUCGUCGCAACAGCAUCAAGCGGCCCAACCGCGUGACGGCCGUGAUGGAGGUGAACGACGGCGUUACGGCCGUUGAUCGAUCGCCCGAGCGCAUGCAUCAGUUCUCCCACGAGGAGAUGGGGGCGGGAUCCGGUUGGGAGUGGGACGGUGCCUGGUCCCCCACGCACAGCCAAAAUGGGGCCCGUACUGCCCGAGACCAGCCACUCGAGUAUGCGGAUCCCGGGCGUACUGGUGCGCGUCACGGCCUGAAGCUGCGAACUGGCACCAUGACAUCGGACGAGGAAGAGGACGAGGACGCGCAGGCCAAUCAGCCAACAGACCCCGAGAGCCUGGCAACAUUGCGUAGGGGCAGCUCGGUCGAACACCCGUCCCGUUAUCGACGGGGGAGCACUGACGAUGACUCGGAUGACGACGACGAAGAUGACGAUGAUGACGACAGCUAUGGCAGUCGAGGCCACUCAGCACCUGGAUCAGGCUUGGACCAUGACACGGCUGCGGCACUGGAGGCCGCUGAUGUGGGCGAUUUGAUGACUCGGCGUCCUGCACGGCCACGGCGCAGCGACUUUGGCCUGGGUUCCGGCAAGGCUGGCAACGAGGGGGAACGGAGCAACAUAUCUCGCCGCCGCAUGUCUAUUUUAGGCAUCCGUGCCGAAGAUCAGGAGCGUAUGGAGCGCGCCCGGCGCCUCCGCCACUCCACCUUCAGCAGCUCCACGGCUCACGAACAGCAUUUUGCUCGUGAGGCACACCGGCACCCGGCCUUUCGCCUCUCAGCCAAGAACCCCUUUGCCAACUUUCAUGAUCCGGUCGCAAGCCUCGAUGCAUCGGCCAUGGCCUCGGCUCAGGCUCUCAUGACGGAUGAUGACGAUGAUGACAACUCGACAGUCGGUGACAUCUCUUACAUCAGCACUUCCUUCGAGUCAGAUGCCGGACCAACGUCCGAGCGGGAACACGCCCCCCCAAGCUCUACAGGCCACUUGUCAGUGAUACCCACAGAACUGCCGCGGACCCUGUCUUCUACCAAUCCCUUUGCUAGCUUUCUCUCGACAAGAGCAGGGGUCGACGGGUCCAGUGCCCCGACUAGCACAACCCCGAGUGGUCGCGCGAGUCGCCUUGCCCAUGCCAAUACCAGCGGAUCAGCAGAGAGCACAACGGGCAGCAAUCCAUUUCCAGCAAAGCCGUCUACUGAAGCCCAAAGCUCGAGCCAAGCGGCCGCAAGUGCCGCUGAGCGACUGGAGGUUCCCGCAACGACAGCACCCAUUGAUGUUCCGCCCGUCAUCCCCCCACGCAUACCCACAGGGGGUCGAGCGUCACCUGCUGUGGGCUCACCGGCCCUUCCUCCACGUGGCCCGCUUCGGGACAUGGCUGCUUCAGCGUCGCGGACCGACGGAUCCGCCUCAUCGCUUGUGGCAUCACUGAUCACGGGCCAUGGCGACGACGGUCGCGGGCGCUCCAAAACGAUGCAAUCUUCUCCCUCACAAGGUCCGGUCGCCUUAACGACCAAGCCCCGCUCUUACAGCGACCGUCAAGCGGAUAUGAUGCGCCCACGAGCGCAGGUGAUAAGUGGUGAGGGCAAUGGCCAUGGCUCACCCCACCGCCCUUCGCUGACCAAGGGCCACCCGGUCGUCAUGCAGCUUACAGAUGCCGACCAUACCGAGGCGACGUCCACGGACGAUGUCGGGCCAACAGCCGCACCGCUGCCUCGCACGAGCCUCGGCGGUGACACUGGUGAUGCAGGUCAAAUUGUGUACGUGGCCGAGGCCGGGGAUGAGAUUGACGAUGUCACUGGAGCAGUCUGUUAUCGAUACGCGUUAGAAGACCACCACGAAAUUUUGCGAGUCAAGCUUGCAACGGUCAAACAGCUGAUGCAUUUUUUAGUGGCUGUUUCGAACGCGGACCCGGACUACUUACCGGCCUUUGACCUGAGCUUUGGCAUCUUCACCGACGCCGAUCAGGUGAUGCGGUUUUUGACCGACUGUCAUCUGAAGUCUUACGAAGGCAUUGUGGCUGGUGCCAACCUGAGCGAAGCUGCUUUUGAACACUCUCGCUGCUCAGAUGCCCUUGCGCGUUUGCUGCCGCGCCUCUUGCGGGACCUCAACAUGUCUCUUUUGCAGCGGGUUGCAGAUGCCAUCACCCGCUUGCUACGCCUGGGUGACGUCCACUUUAUCGAGCUGGCUGUUGAGGUUUUGCAGGCGCUAUCCCUGGCGCUGGAGGAGCGGGCCAAGCUGGAAGAGCAGCGGCGUGCCGCGGCCAGCCCUCGACGGGCCAUUGUGAUUCCCGAUCGCCCGCAGGAGCAGCAGGUUUUCACGCGCUUCGAGUCCAUUACAGAUGUUCCUGAUUUCGAUGUGGCACGCGAGUUGUGCCUGCGGGAUGCGGAAUUGUUGGCUGCUAUCACACCUGAAGAGCUCAUCAGUUGGCGUCACGAAUCAAAGCGUGCAGACUGCAGCAAUAUCAUUGCUGUGACAAACCACUUUAACAGCGUGAGCCGGUGGGCCGCAACGCUCCUCUGUCGCACCGAGCGCUUGCGGCGUCGGGCCAAAGUACUAGCCAAACUGGUGGACGUGAUGCGCGCACUGCGCAAGCUGCACAACUUCAAUGCCCUCUUGGCCAUUUUGUCAGGGAUUGACAAUGCGGCCGUGCACCGCCUCAAGCAUACCUUUGACCAUGCCGGCUCCAAGGUGGCAAGCCGCUUGCGCAAGUUGAAGCUUCUGAUGUCCCGCGACCGCAACUUUGCCGUGUAUCGGAGCGCGUGUGCCCAGGCCAGCCUGCCUGCGAUCCCAUACCUGGGCCUGUACCUGUCGGACAUUACGUUUGUGCACAAUGGCAAUCCAGACUUUUUUGAUGACUGCGAGGGCAUCGCUUUCCCGACGGCUCCCGUGUCGCGCAUCGUCAACUUUGCUAAGAUGCAACACUUUCAUUCGAUUUGCAGUGCUGUCCAGCAUUUUCAAAGUGAAAAGUAUGAUUACAAAUCGCGACCGGAGGUUUAUUCCCUGUUUAAAGACUUUGAACACCUGGACGAUGAGGCCCUGUACCAGUUAUCACUGCAAGUGGAGCCUCGUGGCGUCAAGGCGGAGGAUUUGCAAUAA